AACUGCUACUACAUACCUUCUACUUAAUUUAUCUUCCCUACAAAAAUGGGUUGUGGAGUCCAGUCUCCCUUCUCCUUCUCAUCAUCAAUAACUUCAUUUUUUUUUCCCAAUGAACUAUAUUUAUUGACUUUUACCUUGUAUUAAUUAAUUCAUCUUUAUAUAGGCAAAUAUUAUUUGGUGUUGUAGAAAUGAGGAAGAUAAAUUUUAGUAAGGUUUUAGAUUGUUUUAGUACUCUUUCUUCUUCUGGAUCUUGUUUUUGCAUCAAUCAAUUUGGAGUUCAUGAUGAUGAUGAUGAUGGAUUUGAAAAGAAGCCAUUGAUGAAUAAUAAUUCAUUAAAUCAAGAUGAUGAACAUGAGUUGAUGAGGUUGAAGGAUGUUAUUAAUGUAGGACCUCCAACUCUAGCUUUCCAAUUGAAGCCUAAGAUUGUGGUGCUAAGAGUUUCCAUACAUUGCAAUGGUUGUGCAAGGAAAGUUGAAAAACACAUCUCCAAAAUGGAAGGGGUGGAUAUGUACCAAGUAGAUUUGGAGACCAAGAAGGUUGUUGUUAUUGGAGACAUUAUACCUUUUCAAGUGUUGGAAAGUGUUUCAAAAGUUGUCAAAAAUGUUGAACUUUCAACUUGGAACGCUCCUGAAUGUUGAAUUUU